AUGGAUAUACGGUACAAUUUUCUCAAUACACUAGAUCACUUCCCCUGUGAAUUAAUACGAACGCUAUGGACACUACAGUCUCUAGAUACAUCGCUUGAUCAAAAUGAGGAUGAGGAUAAUCAAGAUCAGAUAGCUGUCCAGAUGGAAAAUCAAGUAGAUUUCCUAGAAGAUCUAGUUCAAAGCAGAAUUAAGACUUUAACACUGCAGAGGAAUGAACUAUUACAGAUGCAAGAGAUACGAAGGAGGUACGACGCUACGAGAAGUAAGGAUUCGUCUAAAAACGCGCCCUUAACUAUAAGGUUGAAUCUAAGGAAUUCGAAUUCAAAUAGAGUUGACAAGGCAUCGCGUGCUUCGGUGAAAAACAAUACUGGUAAACCAAAUAUCACAAGGCGCGAGGAACCACAGGAGGAGACGUAUUGUGUAUGCCAUAAUGUGUCCUACGGAUCAAUGAUUGCUUGUGAUAAUGAUAGUUGUUCCAUUGAAUGGUUCCAUUACGGCUGUGUCGGAAUCGUACGACCACUAGAGGGAGAAUGGUAUUGUAGCGAAAAAUGUAGAAGAGAAGCUAAAAAAAAUGAGCUCGGCAGUAAAAAAGGCUUGAAGCGAUAA